UCGUGCUAACAAGUGGAUUAUAAAUAUGAUCGUUAUUUGAUUACGUUGACAAUCAGAUAAGUGAGCAGAACAGUCAUCUCAUCCAACGGUUAAAACUUCAUCUUAAACUGAACACAUCUACAUCGUGAAACAGAGGAAUAUUACUUUAAGCAGCCUUUGUUUCAUCGUCGUCGUUGUCUUGGCAGAAGAGGCCAAAACAAGCUCUCUCUUUCCCUCAACCACUUCUAAAACCGUGGAGCUUUGACCCAAAAGACCACCGAAGAAAACAACACACUGUACAAACUGAUCUCGCUUAGUGAAAGUCAGCGGCCAUGGCGGGUCGUAGAGACAGAACACAACAGCUCCGCGGAUCUCGAAUCGCGAUCGCCAUCCUCAUCGGUAUCAUCAUCGGCUGCGUAUGCUCAUUUAUCUUCCCAAACGGCUUCUUCAACUCCAACUCAUCUCUCACCGUUAACGAACGCGUCCAGGUUGGAUCAUCCUCUUGUGAAUCCUCCAAGACGCUCAAGUCAGACUUCGCAUCUCUCUCAGAGAAGAACAACGAGCUAAAGAAACAAGUCAGAGAGCUAACGGAGAAGCUGCGUUUAGCUGAACAAGGAUCAUCAGACAAUGCGAGAAAACAGAUAAAGGCUGGUCCUUUCGGAACCGUCAAGAGCCUAAGAACAAACCCAACAAUCCUCUCAGACGAAUCUGUAAACCCGAGACUCGCAAAGAUUCUAAAGAGCAUCACUGUGGAUAAAGAGGUCAUCGUAGCUCUCGCAAACGCUAACGUGAAAGCAAUGCUAGAGGUCCAAAUCGCUAGCGUUAAGAGAAUAGGUAUAAAAAACUACCUGGUGGUCGCAUUGGACGAUUACAUAGAGAGCUUCUGCAAACAAAACGAUGUCGCUUAUUACAAGCGUGAUCCAGACAAGGACGUGGACGCUGUCGGGAAAACCGGAGGCAACCACGCCGUCUCCGGCCUCAAGUUCCGUGUGCUACGAGAGUUCUUGCAGCUAGGCUACGGCGUUCUCCUCUCGGAUGUAGACAUCGUCUUCUUGAAGAACCCCUUUACUCAUCUCUACAGAGACUCUGACGUUGAGUCGAUGAGCGAUGGGCAUAGCAACAUGACGGCUUACGGGUUCAACGAUGUCUUUGAUGAGCCGGCCAUGGGGUGGGCUAGGUACGCUCACACCAUGAGGAUAUGGGUUUUCAACUCGGGUUUUUUCUAUCUGAGGCCCACGGUUGCUUCCGUAGAGCUGCUGGAUCGGGUUGCGGAGAGGCUAUCCAAGGCGAAGCUGUGGGAUCAGGCGGUUUUCAACGAGGAGCUGUUUUAUCCUUCGCGUCCUGAGUAUGUUGGGCUGCAUGCUUCGAAGAGGGUGAUGGAUAUGUAUGAGUUUAUGAACAGUAAGGUGCUUUUCAAGACUGUGAGGAAGGAUGAGGAGAUGAAGAAGAAGGUGAGGCCGGUGAUUGUUCAUGUGAAUUACCAUCCUGAUAAGCUUAAUAGAAUGAGAGCAGUGGUUGAGUUUUAUGUGAACGGUAAGCAAGAUGCUCUUGAUAGCUUCCCUGAUGGUUCUGAAUGAGAGUUCACCUGAAAAGCGGUGUAGGGUCAAAAAGUUUCAAAGUUUCUUCGCAUUUUGUGAUUCUAGUUUUACUUUUUUUUUUUAAUUGUUUCCAUGUUUAAUGCUCAAUGCCUUUUUUGUAUUAUGAGUUUUGUGUAUCUUAUGGCUAAAAAUAUCAUAUAUUUUUCAUUA